UCCUCAUUCAUAACCGCCGCUAAAAGCCCUAUCCAUCCGCAUCCCAAGGCUCACUGGAUAAUGACCGAUUUAUCAUCUGGCACAACCUUCCAAGGCCACCUUAGGGAUAAUAGAUGAUCUUCCUUUCCCUUCACUGCCACUAAUUAAUCACCAAAUAUUCAUUCUUGUAGCUCCGGUGGUGACGAUGACGACCAGUAAGUUGGCGGGUUACUACGAAGCGCCAGAGGGCGUGGACGUUCGCGGGCGCUACGAGAAAGAAUUUGCUAAGAUUCUGACGCGGGAGGCACUGGAAUUCGUGGCCGGGCUUGACAGACAGUUCAGGGGCCAGAUCAGGCACGCGCUGGAGUGUCGGCGGGAGGCACAGCGGCGGUACGAUGCCGGGGAGCUUCCGGGGUUCGACCCUGCCACGCGGUUUAUCAGGGAUAAGGACUGGGUAUGCGUGCCGGUGCCACCCGCCAUCGCCAACCGGAUGGUGGAGAUCACCGGUCCUGCCGAGCGCAAAAUGGUUAUCAAUGCCCUUAACUCCGGCGCCAAGGUUUUCAUGGCGGAUUUCGAGGAUGCAUUGUCUCCUACUUGGGAGAACCUGAUGUGGGGCCAGGUUAACCUCAAGGACGCGGUCAAUGGAACCAUAAGCUUUGAGGAUAAGGAGAGGGCGAGAAUAUAUAAGCUCAAUGAGAAGACGGCUAACCUUUUCGUACGUCCAAGAGGCUGGCACCUGCAAGAGAGCCACAUUCUCAUAGAUGGUGUGCCUGCCGUUGGCUGUCUUGUCGAUUUUGGCCUUUUCUUCUUCCACAACUACGCCAUUUUUCGGGCCACCCAGGGCCAGGGAUGUGGUCCCUUCUUUUACCUCCCCAAAAUGGAACACUCCAGGGAAGCAAGAAUCUGGAAUGGAGUCUUCAACCGAGCAGAAGAAUUCGCUUCCAUCCCAUCCGGCAGCAUCCGCGCAACUGUCCUUAUCGAAACUCUGCCUGCCGUCUUCCAAAUGAAUGAGAUCCUCUAUGAGCUCCGCUCUCACUCUGCUGGCCUCAACUGUGGUCGCUGGGAUUACAUCUUCAGCUACGUCAAAACCCUCCGCGCCCAUCCCGACCGUCUCCUCCCCGACCGCGUGUCGGUCGGCAUGUCGCAGCACAUGAUGCGCUCCUACUCCGACCUCCUCAUCUUCACGUGCCACCGCCGCGGCAUCCAUGCCAUGGGGGGCAUGGCCGCUCAGAUACCCAUCCGCGGUGAUCCUGUUGCGCACGCCAAGGCGAUCGAGGCCGUCCGACUCGACAAGUUUCGGGAGGUGCGGGCUGGGCAUGACGGCACGUGGGCGGCGCAUCCAGGGCUGAUUGAGGAGAUUGGGAAGGUGUUUGAGGAGGGCUUGGCGGGGAGGGAUAAUUUAAUUGGGGUUGUGAGGAGGGACGAUGCGGCAAGGAUUGGGCAGGAGGAUCUGCUUCAGAGUCCGAGGGGGAGGAGGACAGUGGAGGGGCUGAGGCUGAACACGAGGGUGGGGAUACAGUACCUGGCGGCCUGGCUCGCCGGGACGGGCUCCGUCCCGCUCUAUAACCUCAUGGAAGAUGCCGCCACAGCUGAAAUCAGCCGCGUGCAGAACUGGCAGUGGAUCAGGUAUCAAGCUGCGCUGGACGCCAAUGGAGUGGAGGUGGCAGUGACGCCGGAGCUGUUCGCAAGGGUGGUGGAGGAGGAGAUGGGAAGGAUUGAAAGGGAGGUUGGGACAGAGAAGUUCCUGCUUGGGAAGUACAAAGAAGCCUGUUCCAUAUUCGUGCGACAGUGCAUGGCGGCCGAGCUCGGCGAUUUCCUGACACUAGAUGCGUAUAACCAGAUUGUCAUCCAUCAUCCCAGUGCAGCAUCCAGAAUGUGAGUUUCUGAAGCAUAAUUAUUGUCUAGCUUUUCCGCUUGUCGUGGAACAAGGUCGAACUUUAGGCUACAGUGCUUUAUGUCUGAUGUUCUAGAGUUUUGCGUUAUGUACUUGUAUGAAUAAAAAGGUUGCGGAGCUUGUUCCCCAAAACAAAACAAUGGAAUAAUUGAACUUCAAAAGGGUUACACAAUUGGCUUAAUAU